CGGUUGGGAGAUCCUUACAGACCUAACGCCAAGCUUUCUUUUCUUGCUCAUUUUGACUACUCAACUUUUGAGGUUUUUUUCCUAAUAAUAAUAAUAAUAAUAAUAACUGGAGGAGUUGGAGAGGAGAAAGGGAAAGAAGGAAGGGAUUUCGAUUCUCAAUUUUGGUGGAGAUCAACGUUAAAGGAAAGGCAGGAGAGAUUGAAGGGGACCUGUUGGUUGAUGUUUGGUGGUAGAUGUUGAGGAAAUGUCAAGGAGUAGGGAUAGAACCGAAGAUCUCAAGGAUGCUGUCCGUGUUGCUGCAAUUUCCUCUGGAUAUACUGAGUCAAAACUUGCUGCAAUAUUGGCUUCUUUCAUCAUGCACAAAUCUCCAGAGAGACAACCCUUUACAAAAGCAGCAUUGAAGACGCUGUCAAGCAUUAAUGAACUGGAACGUUUCAUUGUAAAGCAUCGAAAGGAUUAUGUGGGAUUGCAUCGCACAACUGAACAAGAAAGGGAUGACAUUGAACAUGAAGUUAGUAUUUUUAUAAAAUCAUGCAAAGACCAGAUUGAUGUUCUAAAGAAUGGAAUACAUGAGGAAGAGAAAAGUGGAAAUGCAAGGACAUGGCUCAACAUGCGUGAUGUUGGCUCCAAUGCAGAUGUUGUAGCUCACAAACAUGGGGUGGUUCUGAUUCUGAGUGAGCAGCUCCAUGCAGUUACUGCUCAGUUUGAUCAGCUACGAUCUGUACGUUUCCAGGAUGCUGUUAAUAAAGCAAUGCCAAGAAGAAAAAUGCAUAAAAUGGCCAACCUAAAAUCAUCAGAAUCUGUUCCUUCUGAUGUAUCAGAGAUCACAGGACAAGAUCUUUCAUCUGGACCUGUAAGAAUCCAGGAUCAACUUCUAGAUGAUGAAACACAAGCCCUUCAGGUAGAAUUGACCAGCCUUUUGGAUGCUGUUCAAGAAACAGAAAAAAGGAUGGUUGAGAUGUCUGCAUUGAAUCAUCUCAUGUCAACACAUGUUCUCCAGCAAGCUCAGCAGAUCGAACAACUCUAUGAACAAGCGGUUGAAGCAACCAUGAAUGUGGAGAGAGGUAACAAAGAGUUGUCGCAAGCAAUUCAGCGGAACAGCAGCAGCAGAACUUUUCUUGUGCUUUUCUUGUUUGUCCUAACUUUUUCAAUUAUUUUUCUCGACUGGUAUAGCUAAUCAGCUUGUCAAUACAAAAUAUUCCCAUUACACUUACCUACAAUUCAUCAUGAAUUUUCAGAUGCAGAAACCAAGUUUCUAUCUCAUUAAAUUUUGUUAUAUGCUUUGUUUGGAUGUUGUAUUUGGAGGAUGAUAGAAAUAUUUCAUGUUUAGUUUU